AUGAAAUCUUCUACUAUCCUUGUUGUUCUCGCUGCUGCUGCUGGUGCUUUUGCUGCCAAGUCCGACUCUUCGUCUAAGGCUGCAUCUUCUCACGCUGCUUCUUCUCACGCCGCUUCCGGUUCUGAAGCCGCUUCCGGCUCCAUUACUUCUGCUGCUGCUUCCAAGGCUUCUUCUGCUGCUGCCGGUGCCAAAUCCGACUCCAAGUCCGGUUCCGCUUCCAAGUCGGCCACCAAAUCCGGUUCUUCUUCAAAGGCUGCUGCUGGUGCCGCUACCGCUGGUAUGGGUGUAUUGGGUGCCGCUGCCGCUAUUAUGUUGCUUUAG